UGUUUCCAUGGGAAUGACAGAACAAAGAUCUUUCUUUUUCUCUCUGUGUCAGGAACUUACCUCUUUCAAGUUAUAACAUUUCCUAAGGCCUUUGAAUCAUCAUUUUCUAUAAGUGAAGAUCGUCAAGGUGAAAAGUUUAUUCCUUUCACCUUUCAAGAUCAUCCUCUGUUUAGAACAGAGUAUCUCUAAAACGAAGCACCGACUCUUGUUUAUUGAUUCCAUGGCUUUGACUUCGUGCCUAAAGACUGGAGUAGUUCCUAUGUCUCCGACCACCGGAUGUAAUCUUUCCGGCAGUUUCUUGAAGUCGGAAAGUAACUUCUCUGUGCCGACGAAGUUACAGAGCAUUGGAAGGAGUGAUAAAGAGAGGUUGAGAGUACAAGCAGUGUUCAGCUUUCCUCCGGCGUUUCUAACAAGGAACGGUCGAGCAGAGAAGCAGAAACAGCUGAAGCAGGAUCUUCUAGAAGCCAUUGAGCCUCUUGAACGUGGGGCAACGGCUUCUCCUGAUGACCAGCUUCGGAUUGAUCAGUUGGCACGUAAAGUGGAAGCAGUUAAUCCAACCAAGGAGCCUCUGAAAUCUGAUUUAAUCAAUGGGAAGUGGGAGCUCAUUUACACAACCUCUGCUUCUAUUUUGCAGGCUAAGAAACCAAAGUUCUUGAGAUCAAUAACAAACUACCAGUCUAUCAAUGUGGAUACUCUCAAGGUUCAAAACAUGGAGACUUGGCCUUUCUUCAACUCGGUAACUGGAGACAUAAGACCCCUUAAUUCAAGGAAGGUUGCCGUGCAGCUCAAAGUGUUUAAAAUUCUCGGCUUUAUUCCUGUAAAUGCACCGGAUACCGCACGUGGUGAACUAGAGAUUACUUAUGUGGACGAGGAACUAAGGUUGUCAAGGGGUGACAAAGGCAACUUGUUUAUAUUGAAGAUGUUCGAUCCCACUUAUCGAAUCCCUCUCUGAAAAAAAACAUAUGGUUCCCAAGCCAUCAUACACAUACACACACACCCCAUCUCUUGUUCUAUCUCUCUUCAUCAUAUGUAUAGAUGAAUGUUUCUUCUUCUACAAACAUAAGAGCAAUAAAAGACAAGAGACGAGCUCUAAUCUCAAAUUUUAACUUUUGUAAUUGUAAUCAGAUGAAAAGCUCAAAAACUUUGAAACUUGUUGUGUCUCUUGUUUGAAGUGGACUGAAAUGUAAUGAAUAAACAACUCCUUGUUGUCUGUGUUU